AUGUCUACAAACCAAUUCGACUUCAUCGUUGUUGGCGGCGGCACGGCAGGCAACGUCGUAGCCGGCCGUCUCGCGGAAAACCACAAUGUCCGCAUCCUCGUGAUUGAAGCCGGCCCUGGCAACCCCCAGGAAAUCCAAGAGAUCACUACCCCGGCCAUGGCAAUGAACCUUCGAUCCAGUAAAUAUGACUGGGCUUACAAGACCACUCUCGUCAAGCGUAAUGACUACGAGCGCAUCGAGAAGCCCAACACCCGCGGCAAGGCCCUCGGCGGAAGCUCUUCCCUCAAUUACUUCACCUGGGUCCCCGGAUGCAAGCCCACCUUCGAUCGCUGGGCUGAGUUCGGCGGCAGCCAGUGGACAUGGGAUCCUCUUGUCCCGUACCUGAGGAAGAGCGCAACGUACCAUGACGAUGUCAACCGCUACCCUCCCGAGAUGAAGAAGCUGGGCGGAGGUGGCCCGCUGCCCAUCUCCCACGCUGAACUACUCCCCGAGAUGGAGCCUUUCCGGAAGAUGCUGGCCAGAGCCUGGACAUCCAUGGGCGAGAAGAUGUCGGAGAACAUCUACGAUGGGGAGAUGAACGGCCUCACGCACUGCGUCGACACAAUCUAUCGCGGUCAGCGGUCUGGAAGCUACCUCUUCCUCAAGAACAAACCCAACGUCACAGUCCUCGCAGGCGCGCACUCCAAACGGCUUAUUAUCGACCGCGCCAACCGUACAUGCAAGGGCGUCAUUGUCAUCGACAGCUCCGGGAACGAGAUGAGCUUCUUCGCCCGACGAGAAGUCAUCAUGUCACAAGGCGUGUUCGAGACACCCAAGCUUCUCAUGCUCAGCGGCAUUGGUCCGACGCACCACCUAGCCAAGCACGGCAUCGACACUAUCGUCGACUCACCCCAUGUUGGCCAGAACCUCCUCGACCACCCCGGCGUCCCCUUUGUCCUGCGCGUCAAGGACGGGUACGGCAUGGACGACCACCUGCUUCGCAAGGGCCCAAAGCACGACGCGACUGUGUCUGCAUUCAAUAGGAACCACUCUGGCCCCAUGGGAUCCGGUUUACUGGAGAUGGUCGGGUUCCCACGCAUCGACAAGUACCUCGAGCGAGAUCCGAUAUACCGUCAGGCGAAAGCAGCCAACGGUGGCGUAGACCUAUUCUGCCCCGAGGGCCAGCCUCACUUCGAGCUUGACUUCGUGUGUAUGUUUGGCACGGCAUUCCAGUGGCACUAUCCCAUCCCCAAGAGUGGACAACACAUGAGCGUCGUGGUAGACCUCGUCCGCCCUGUGUCUGACCCGGGCGAGGUAACCCUGAACAGCACGGAUCCCUUAGAGCAGCCGAACAUCAACCUUAACUUCUUCGCCAACGACCUUGACAUCAUCGCCAUGCGCGAGGGCAUCCGGUUCUCGUAUGACCUUCUCAAGAAAGGCGACGGGUUCAAGGACGUUGUCUUAGACGAGUAUCCGUGGGAGAUGCCGCUCGAGUCCGAUGAGGAGAUGAAGAGAGCUGGCGCGGUGGAUCCGCGGCUGAGGGUCCAUGGGAUCAAGAACCUGCGGGUUGUGGAUGCGUCCGUGAUCCCUGUGAUCCCGGAUUGUCGUAUCCAAAACUCUGUGUAUAUGGUUGCGGAGAAGGGCGCUGAUCUGAUCAAGGAGGACCACAACGACGUCUACCAGAUGAGGUCUGGAUUUCAGGGGGCCCGUCUUUAG